CGCAGUCACAAUACCAGACGACACAUCAGACACUUUAUUGAAGACCAGACGGGAGACAAAAACAAACCUGUAUCUUACGACAUUUAACGUUCUUCAACAUAAAGUCAGAACUAUCAUUUUCUUUCGGCGUUGUUGAUUUUUAAACUGUCGAGAAUGCCUUUUCUGGGACAGGAUUGGCGGUCCCCGGGUCAGAGCUGGGUUAAAACUGAAGAAGGAUGGAAAAACUAUUCUUUAGACGAAAAAAACAGCAAUGACUCAGACGUGAGCUAUUGUAAAACAGAGGACGAAUGCUUCCAGGAGAAUCUGCGGCUGUCUGUUACAUACGACAUGGCAGCUAAGAAGAGAAGGAAAGACUUCAUGAACAACAACGCAAAGAUUCCCUAUUUCCACAAAGAGAAAUGGAUUUACGUUCACAAAGGAAGCACUAAAGAGCGUCAUGGUUACUGCACUCUGGGAGAAGCGUUCAACCGGCUGGACUUCUGCAGCGCCAUCAAGGACAACCGGAGGUUCAACUAUGUCGUACGGCUGCUGGAGCUCAUUGCCAAGUCCCAGCUGCCCUCGCUCAGCGGAGUGGCUCAGAAAAAUUACAUGAACAUCCUGGAGAGAGUGGUGCAGAAAGUCCUCGGUGACCAGCAGAAUGUUCGGCCCAUCAAGGAGCUCCUUCAGACCCUGUACGUGUCUCUGUGUGGCCUGGUGCAGGACAUGGGGAAGUCUGUUCUGGUGGGGAACAUCAACUGUUGGGUCCAUCGCAUGGAGAACAUUCUACAGUGGCAACAACAGCUGGACAAUAUUCAGAUCAACAGGCCUGUGUCAAAGGGUAUGACCCUGACAGACCUGCCUGCCAGCCUGCAGCUGAACAUCAUGGAGCGUCUGUCAGAUGGCAGGGACCUGGUCAGUUUGGGACAGGUGACUCCAGACCUGGGACAACUCACUGAGGACAGGCUGCUGUGGAAGAGACUCUGCCAGCACCACUUCACUGACAGACAGAUCCGUAAGCGUCUGAUGGUGUCAGACAAGGGCCAGUUGGAGUGGAAGAAGAUGUACUUUAAGCUGUGUCGCUGCUACCCUGUCAGAGAGCAAUACAGUGAAACCCUGCAGUUCUGCACACACUGUCACAUCCUCUUCUGGAAGGUAGUGUUGGGAACACUUCAACAUCUCUCAUUCUAUCAUCUCUGUCUCUCUCUCUCUCUGUGUCACACACUGUCACAUCCUCUUCUGGAAGGUAGUGUUGGGAACACUUCAACAUCUCUCAUUCCAUCAUCUCUGUCUCUCUCUCUCUCUGUGUCACACACUGUCACAUCCUCUUCUGGAAGGAUACAAACCACCCUUGCACAGCCAACAACACAGAGAGCUGCUGUAAGCCUGUUUCUCCACAAGGCUUUAUCAACCUCUUCAAGUUCUGAGAGCCACACGGAGCCUGAGUGCCUUUUGUACAUACGGUACAGAACUGCUUUAUAGAGAGAUCAAACGGGCCCUUAGUAUGUGUAUAGUGGUGAUGGUUCCUGGUCACCGUGACACUGGGGGAGAGGAAGCAGUGGGGAAAUGAUGCAAUGGAAUUCUUGGCUUCUGGAGAGCUGAGGAUUCUGGGAGCUGGAGUUCUACAGCUGAGAACAAGUGAACUUGACAAACUGAUCCAAAGAGAGGUGGACCAAGAAGAGGGGGAUGAGGUGGAACAGAGUACUCUGAAGUUUAUUAAAUAAGUUUGGUCCUUUUUUAACAUUUAAAUUCAAAUUAAGUGCACUUCUCUUCCUGAGUGCAGUUAUUGCAUGGCUACCAUAACAACAUACUAAGUUGAAACAUUUUCCAGAAAGGAAAUCAUUUGCAAAAGUGAAUUUGUUUAGUUUUUAAAUAGGGCUGUCAAACGAUUCAAAUAAUUAAUAGAGUUAAUAACAUUAAUCUUUUUUUUAUUUGAUUAAAUUUGGCCCUAAAAAAAGAUCAUUUUUAAAAAGCAGUGCAUUGAGUUAUAGACAUACUAUGUUUGGAUUGUAAGGGAAAGAGAGAAAAUCAUCUGUAUGAAUGUUUUUAAUGGCAUUUUAAACUAUAAACGGCACAAAAGUCACUGCGAACAUAGAUGCUAACGCUCCCAAUGUUUCAGUAGGCCUCUACUCCCUCUUAUCAAUGUUUCAGUAGGCCUCUACUCCCUCUUAUCAAUGUUUCAGUAGGCCUCUACUCCCUCUUAUCAAUGUUUCAGUAGGCCUCUACUCCCUCUUAUCAAUGUUUCAGUAGGCCUCUACUCCCUCUUAUCAAUGUUUCAGUAGGCCUCUACUCCCUCUUAUCAAUGUUUCAGUAGGCCUCUACUCCCUCUUAUCAAUGUUUCAGUAGGCCUCUACUCCCUCUUAUCAAUGUUUCAGUAGGCCUCUACUCCCUCUUAUCAAUGUUCCAGUAGGCCUCUACUCCCUCUUAUCAAUGUUCCAGUAGGCCUCUACUCCCUCUUAUCAAUGUUUCAGUAGGCCUCUACUCCCUCUUAUCAAUGUUUCAGUAGGCCUCUACUCCCUCUUAUCAAUGUUCCAGUAGGCCUCUACUCCCUCUUAUCAAUGUUCCAGUAGGCCUCUACUCCCUCUUAUCAAUGUUUCAGUAGGCCUCUACUCCCUCUUAUCAAUGUUUCAGUAGGCCUCUACUCCCUCUUAUCAAUGUUUCAGUAGGCCUCUACUCCCUCUUAUCAAUGUUUCAGUAGGCCUCUACUCCCUCUUAUCAAUGUUUCAGUAGGCCUCUACUCCCUCUUAUCAAUGUUUCAGUAGGCCUCUACUCCCUCUUAUCAAUGU